AUGUUUUGGAACACGAAAACUAACUCCGUUCAUCACGAUCUUAGUCCCGACGCUCCGAGGACCACAAAAGAUGAAACUGGUGUUAAUGAAGCAAUUAACAAAAAUGUUAACGGAAGAAUUGAAACAUUCAAAGGCUUUCUUCUUGAUACAACUUUGCAUGGAGCUCGUUUCAUGCAUUCUGAAAGUUUGGUGAGGCGUUUAGCUUGGACUAUAAUGCUAUCGGUAUCACUCGGAUUUUGCAACUACAUGGCAUUCGGGACCUUAACUGACUAUUUUGACAGACCAUUUAACACUCGAACUUCGUCGCGGAGCUCUCCUAAAAAUGGCUUAACUUUCCCUGCCGUCACUCUGUGCAAUUUUAACCCGCUGAAUAUUCACAGGGUAAUACAUUUUGAAAAUGCAAGCCAUGACAUUGAGGAGGUAAAAAGACUUAAACAGAUUUCCAAAGUCCUUACACUCUCAAACGAGGCCUUCACGGACGGUUUUCUUAACAAAUUCUCAGAUAUCUUGAGUCGUGAAAAUCUGGAGAGCUUUCUGAGACUAUACAGUCAUCAAAUGGAAGACAUGCUUCUUCCAAACUUUCCACCCACACGUUUUUCAUGCUCGUUCGGCGGACUGGUGUGCGGGCCAGAGAAUUUUACCUCGUUCGCGAGUUUCUUGUUUGGUCAAUGUCAUACUUUCAACUUGGGCCAGAAUGGACGCCCAUUGUUGAAUGCUACAGUAGCUGGUCGCAGAAGUGGUUUGAGGCUUCUUCUGAAUACACAACGCGAUAGUUACAUUGAUAAUCCAAGUAGUCCCUUAGUUGGAAUAACUGUCCUGGUACAUGACAGUUACAAUUUUCCGUUUAUGGAUGAGUAUGGUUUUGCAGUUGAACCAGGGACUCACACAUUUUGCUCCAUUCAGAUGAAAAAGGUAACUAAUUUGCCUGAACCUUAUGCCACUAACUGCACACAAAGAAGACUAGAGAUGUUCCGCAGCGGGAAGUCAUUUGCAUAUUCUAAGCCGGCUUGCCUCAUGCAAUGUCGCAAUAAGUUUGUGAUAAAAAAGUGCCAAUGUACCAUGCUGGAGUUUCACGCAAACGCUCCUGUUUGUGCGCCAAAUGACACAGUAAUUUGUGUUCUUCCUACUCUUGAAAAAUUUAGCUCGUCCAAAGAUGGCUAUCGAUGUGAGCAGGAUUGCCCUCAGCCUUGCAGUCACGUGGAGUACGAGACAUCUCUGUCCUACGCUGGACUUCAGAAGGAUUUGUUUGCGGAUUAUCUUUCGUUAUUGUUGAAUGGCACUGCUAACAGGACAAUAUCUACUAUGUUACAACACACAUAUCGGCCAUUUCUCAACAUGACCAAAUCAGAGAAGCAUAAAUAUAUAGACAACAAUAUUAUUUCUUUGAACAUCUAUUUCAAAGACUUGAACUACGAUGUGUUGGAACAAGUUCCCAUGUACGAGGUCUGGGGACUGUUUGCGAGUCUCGGUGGAAACUAUGGUCUAUUUCUGGGAAUAAGUGCUCUAACAGUUUGCGAAUUCCUCGACUUUGGCAUCAGAAAGUUUUGCCACAAGAUUUUGUCUGAGAGGAAGAAAAGGAGGCGACAGGAAAAGUAUCCAACAUAA